AUGAGGAGGAGGAAGAAGAUGUGUACAGUACAGUACAGUAGCCCGGAGAUGCAGCGGAGGAGCUAUACAAGGUACCAUGAAUUCGAGAAGAUCGAUUUCGAUCUCAAGCUGGAAGCCUUUGAAGGAGACAAUAAUGGUGGAGAAGAAUCUAGGAUGAGCAUUUGCAUUCCCCCUAAGAACGCUCUCUUGCUCAUGAUGAGGUGUAGAUCUGACCCUGUGAAAACGGCUGCUCUCGGCAACAAGUUCUGGAACCCUCCGGAUGUCAUGAAAGAUCCCGACGAAACAGUAGACAACGAAGACGACAACGGCAAAGUAGACAUUGGAGUAAAAGUCGCAGUAAAUCACCAGGAAGCGGAAGUAGAAGAAGGUGGCUUCGUAAAUGCAGUUGCAGAAGCUGUUGAAAUGGAUGAAGGAAUAGUUGAGAGUGAUGAGCAGGGAACUGACGAAGAAGCCAUGGCGGAAGGGCCACACCGAGCCCAGGAAGAAUCGGCAACUGACGAACAAGUUUCACCUCAAGAACAAGACGACAGAGCAGUUGCAGACGGCCAAGAGACUCCGGUGCCAAGGCAGGAGGAGGAAUUAGCGACAAUGUCAACCGCGGAUGAAGGAAUUCCAAUCAAUGACUCUACUGAUGAAGAGAUAUCUGAUCUGGAGAAGCUGUCGGUCGAAGAUAAUAGUGAAGAAGUUCAGGUCAAUGUAGCCGGUGUUGAGGAAACAAUAACGGCCGAAGAUCCCGAUUCCGAGUCACCAGUGCUGGAAGAAUCUGCUCAAGAGCCAGAACCAGCGGGGCAAGGGGCAGAGCGUCCAGACCCGAGGACCCGGAGAUGGAAGCCGAAGCUGUCAAUGGAGGUUUCCAAGGAGACGUGGGUGUGCAGUACGGACUUCAUCCAAUGCCUGCCGGAGCCUUCAAGGCGGGUCGCCGUCAAGAAAAUCAACGGCGGAGAUGUGACAAUCAGCGUUGACGCGAUUCUAGAGCCGGUCAACGAAGCGGAAGUGUGUAAAACCGGCUCACAACAGCUCCAUCAGCCGCCGAGGUCAUCUUGCUCCUAUCUGGCGGCUCAGCCGCUGGCGUGGCGGCCCGACGCGGAGUCUAUAGGGUCGGGGUUGGAGAUUAAGCUGAAGAAGAGGUACAACGAGCUGCCUCUGAUGCUGACGCGGUGUAAGUCGGAGCCGAGGAAGGCGGCGACUAAGCUGGCUCCGACGGAGGCUUGUUGUUGGAAGAACAUGAAGUUGGAGCCGCACCGGUCCUAUAGACGGAGAGGCGGCUGGCCGAUGUUCGAGCGAGUAGACCGCCGAGGCAUGGGGAGAGGUGGAGGCCCUGUUGACGGAGAACUAUCUGGCGAAGAAUUAGAAGUCCCGCUGUUAGAGAAGGACCCGCUGGACAUGGUACCUCCUGGCUCAAAUGUGCCAUUUUCGGCAAAAGAUGAGGAAGUUGCAUUGCUGGACGAGACUUGCGUAAAGGAAGGCGCCGAAGGUGUACCAGGAGGUGUAUGUUGA